AUGGUAUUUGGAGGUGAAGGUGUUGUGGAUGUGUACCAUGAUCAAAGCUACAGUCGGUGGAUAGAUGGGACAGAUGUCAUAUUUGAUAAAUUUAAUGAAACCCGUGGUUAUCCAGGUUCCAUUGGCCUUGUGUCUGGAAAAUGGUGGACCUUUAAGAACUCUAGUGAUGGCUCGAAAGUUUUUUGUCGUUCUGGAAAUGAACAUUUUUACGUGUUAUCAAGCUUCUAUGGUAUAAAGGACGACACCAUUAGUUCAUCUGAACCUCUGGUGAAAAAAUCACUAGCGUCAGUGUUAGCCUUUGGUCCUGCAAAUAGUCGCCGUGGUUCUAAGGCGUAUCUAACAAGUGACUCGGAGCCUUAUGGAUUGUUCUGGAGUCCAAAAUCUCCUUAUGCGAAGGACAAAUUCUUGAAGGUAGAGCUCAAGCAGAUGAUUACGGUAUCUGGUGUCUUUGUAAAAAGCUACAGUUGUAAUAUUGGAACAAUACACUUCAGAUUCAAUCGCGCUAAGUACUCUGCUCCGGCAAACAGUGAAAAACUUCAGCUUGUUAAGCAUAUCACUAGACACAAGACGCUGGAACUGAAGCUUGAUGAUUCUGCUGAUUGUCUUGGUUAUCAGUGGGACGUAGUUGGACAGUUGAAAGAGAAACGUGUAGAUGCUUGUUCAUCGAGACCAUGUGACCACAUAUGCAUCACAAAUCGUGUGGGUCACAUCUGUAUAUGUGAAAGAAAUUACCACCUGUUUAUUGAUGGAAGUUCUUGUGUCAAAGAUGUUCAACCUCAGAGUAAGAGUCCUAAGCUAUUGGUUAUGAACUACCCUGUAGUUGGAAGUGACUUAGUGCUUCGUCCGAUGCCAGCUAUAUUUUAUGAGUUUUUUCCUCGGACAAUGGAUUUCAGUAGAGCAGCUGACACUUGUAGAGAGUAUGGGGGAUAUCUGCCGUCCAUUCAUUCGAUUUUUGAGCAUAGAUUGAUGUACUCGGAUCUUAUGAACCAUCCUAGGUGCACUAAAUGGUUUCUAGGUCUAAAGGGAGCGUCUCUGAUGCACAGUGCCUGGCACGAUGGCUCUUGGGUUGACUUUGCACUGUUUGAGGGAACAGUGCCUAAAGAUGCGGGUGAGGAUCAAGUGGUUUUCAUGGACAAGGAACUAUUUUACAUGUGGAAUUAUGGUCCGGCUUCCACAACACAAGGCUGCGUUGUAUGCCAGUAUAGACAACGGGACUGUACUCGACCCAUCCUGAGAGGACCCUAUAAGAUCCCCGAUAGUGCAUGGACAUAUGUAUCAUAUACUGAUGCCGGAGUGAUGCGGAAUCUUCCAAUUCGGUUUCCACUUGACCUUUCUGAUGACUUGCAGUAUUACGAGAUUAGACAAUUGGAUUUGUAUUUUCAGGCAUAUAAAAUCAUUGUGAAUUUUAUGUUGUUUUUAAAGUUGAUAUUCACUAUCAUCAUUCUUUACUCUUUUCCUUCCUUCCUUUUUAAAGUUGAUAUUCACUAUCAUCAUUCUUUACUCUUUUCCUUCCUUCCUUUUUAAAGUUGAUAUUCACUAUCAUCAUUCUUUACUCUUUUCCUUCCUUCCUUUUUAAAGUUGAUAUUCACUAUCAUCAUUCUCUUUUCCUUCCUUCC